UGUAUUCACACAACUCAACAGGCUUAUUCAAUUUAUUCUUUAAAUGGAUUGAAUCUGUUUUAAAUUUUAUACGUGAUGGAUUAACUGAACAAAUAGAUGUACAACUAUUAAUUGACACGGUGUUGACAACCGUAGAGCGAGACCUUCUUUCAACAGAAUUAGAUGAUUUAAUGAAUAUUAUGUAUAAUGAUAUUAAUAAGGAUAGCAUUGACUAUGACAGAAAUGAUAAUGACAACGAUGAUUAUUAUGGGUGGAAAAUUAAAAUGGACAAACACGAAGAUGACAAAGAUUCGCAAGAUUCUGAUUCAAGUUCAAAUUCAAUGAUAGAUAUUAACCAUAAGAGGGAAUUCCCUAGUUAUGCCAAAAUUAUUAUCUCUAUUCGUAAAGUUAAUAAGCAGCUCUAUGCUUAA